AUGUUACCAGUAUUUUGCUGGCUAACACUGCUGGAAAUUGCAUGCAUUUUAACCCCGCAACUAGUUUCUUCAAAUAUUAUUGCGGAUUUCGUAGAGGAUUUGAAAACUUAUCGUCCUUACACAAGGAGACCAAGGCCAAAAAAUAAACCAGUCGGUAAACGUACAGGAUAUGUAGAAUUAGAUUCAAAAUACAGAAAAUCAAAAAAAAGAUAUGAUAACAGAGUGUCAGACGUAACAAGUACAUAUUUACCGCCCACAAUCAAAGUUACUGUACCCGAAGGAAUAAAAACGGAAACACCGCUGACUGUCAAUACUGAACCUGAAGUAACAAAAACUGAUAAACCGCCGACUGAAUAUCCAGCAAAAGUAAAGUUCAAUUUCGACUUUUCAAUAAAAGGUAUGAAAAAACUAUCAUUUACUUACGAAGAACCACAAAUACCAAAUCUGGAAAAACCACCGGCUGCCAACUCGAAGUCGGAAUAAAAGAAAAAACUAAUAGGUACAAUCACAUCUUAAAAUAAAGUGCAGUGAAACGGUUAUUUCGACUUGUAUCUGAAUAAUAUCCUAAAACAUUACUUUACUCUCUAUGAAAAUACAGAAAAAAUAAGCGACUAUCAUCAGAAUAU